AUGUCUACAUUUGCCGAUCUUCGUUCUGUUUCAGGUGCCUUACUAGGUGGUAUGGGUAGUAUUGGUGUUGCCGCUCUUGGUGCUUACUUUAUUUAUACAAGUGAAAUUGGAAGCGUUGAUUUCUAUAUGGGUGUUGGUUUUGCUGCCUUUGGUUGUCUCUUGGUUUCGGAUCAUUAUUCAAAAUAA